AUGGACAGCUACCUUGGUGGCCCCACGAGCAACGUGCUCGGCAUUACGGACCUCGUUCUUCAGCCUGCAUUCAUGAUUGGCACCCUUUUCAUGUCAUACACUUUGUUGAGGCUUUUCGCGGCAGUUUUCGUGUUUGUACCUGUGUAUGUCCUGGUUAAAUCCGUAUUGGUGCUUCCAAAUGUUAUAGGCCAGUGUCGGCUACUCAUGACAGCGUCAGGUCGGAGUCUCCUGCAGAACGAUGCGGACAGCCAACGUGAACGCGAAGAGGGAACCGCUCAACAGCGAUUAGCGGGCACCUUCAGAUUCACACAGUAUCAGCUUAUCACUGUACCAAAGGCAGAAGUGAUUAAGACGGCAAAUUGGUAUCCUCAGGUCGAAGCUCUUGAG